GUCCUAUGAGUGAAAUCGGCGCCGAAGGGCGCGAUCAUGGUGCUGGAGGGAUGGUUCGUGGACGCGCUGAGCACGUAUCUCGUCAUUGAUCCGAAGGAGACGAGCGUGGGCAUAUUCUCCAGAGACGUACACGUGGCACGAGCUGAGCUUCGCGCUGAGGCCAUUAACCAGAGCUUGACAUCGUCUCCUCUUCUUCUCCAUCAUGGGUUCAUUCGGCGCCUUCACGCCAAACUCCGCAUCCUGCAAAUCGACUCCAUCUCUUUGGUGCUUGAAGGCGUGGAUCUCGUCUUUCGACCGCGGCCGCUGGAUUCUCCGUGGUGGGAAGAAUCGCAGAAUAUCUCGCAGGAGAAAAAGCGUGUGGACCGGUUUAGCCUUCUGGACCCUGAGCGCUGUAUGAAUGAUUUGUUUAGGCCGUGGUUAGAUAGAUUUGUCGUAGUGUAUUUGGACGACAUCUUAGUGUUCAGUAGUACCCUCCAAGAGCACCAGGGUCAUUUGAGGCAGGUCUUGGAGAAGCUAAGAGGGGCUAACUUCAAGAUCAACGCGAAGAAGUGCGAGUGGGCCAAGACACAAGUCUUGUACUUGGGCCACGUUUUGGACGGAGAUGGCAUUAAGCCUGAGGACAGUAAGAUAGCGACGAUUAGAGAUUGGCCAAUGCCCCGCACGUUGAUUGAGUUGUUGUCGUUCCUAGGCCUAACUAAUUACUAUAGGAAGUUCGUGAGGAACUUCUUGACUAUCGUCGCUCCCCUUCGCAGGUUGCUCAAGAAAGAGGCGAUCUCGCAGUGGGAUAAAGACUGUACGUCUGCGCUAAAGAAGUUAAAGCGCGCAUUGAUAGAGUACCCUGUCCUCAGAGUAGCAGAUCCAUCCUUGCCAUUUGUCGUCACCACGGAAGCCAGUCAGUAUGGUAUAGGCGCCGUGUUACAGCAGGACGGCGACAAUGGCUAUAGACCCGUAGAGUUCAUGUCAGCGAGGAUGCCCUCAGAGAAGGUCGCUACCUUGACGUACGAGAGGGAACUCUACGCUCUCAGGCAGACCUUAGAGCACUGGAAGCAUUACCUGCUUGGGAGGCACUUCAAAGUGUAUUCAAACCACGAGACUAUGAGGUGGCUGAAGACACAGGCCAAAAUGACACCUAAGUUGACUAGAUGGGUUGCUGAGAUAGAUCAGUACGACUUUGAGCUCUUAAGUAGGAGAUCAAACUACUUUGGAGCUAUAGUUCACUAUCUGGAAAUAGGGAGUGACCUGCAGGAGAAAGUUAGACAACCGUAUGCGCAAGACCCUAUUUAUAGUGAUCUCCUCAAGAGAGUCAAGGAGGCCCCAGAGACCGAACCAGACUACCACACUACAGAGGGACUAUUGUUUGAGAAGACUAAUGUAGUAGACCACCUGUGCGUUCCCAACAGUGAGGAGAUCCGCAGUUUGAUCUUAGGGGAAUGCCACGACACAGAGGGACAUUUCGGUUGGCAAAAGAGUCUAGCCAAUCUGAUGCAUGUGUACACUUGGCCAGGAAUGAAAGCUGACUGCAUAGAGUAUGUCCGUAGUUGCAAAGUAUGCCCGAGAAACAUGAGUACUGCGCGUGCCCCUUUAGGUCUUCUCAGACCCUUGCCUAUUCCUGAUGAGCUAGGAGAUUUAGUGUCCAUCGACUUUAUGGAAGCCGGCGUCAAGAGUAGGCACGACAAGAACCAAGUCACGGUCAUAGUUGAUAGAUUUAGCAAAGUCCCGCACGUGUUCCAGACCUUACAACCGGAAGAUGAAAGACAGCUUCAUGCCGAACGCAGAGUCUGUGCUCUAGCAGCAGCCCAGGAAACAACACUAGCUGCAAGUCAGGCGUUGGCAGCAGCAAACGCAGCAGCUAGAGAGCAGGCAGCAGCAGGCAGAGCAGCAGCAAUGGCUAACGGCGCAGCCUCUGCUGCGUCCUCGUCUGGGACCCAGUUGGGAAUGCCCUCUGGGCCCGCGGGUACUUCCAGGUCAGUAGGUUCUAGUCAGUCCACAAGUCAAAUGGCGGGCUCGCAGUUAAGCCAGUUGACCCCACGCGGUAGGGAGCUCCUAGGGUUCCAACAGGUCGAAAGGAUCUGCGAGCGGUUAGAGAGGGAACUGAAGCAAGCAACCGAUAGAGAAAAGGAGAUCAAAAAUAGAACAGCCAGGCUUGAUACGUUAGAGGCAGACAAAGUUGCAUUAGAGGGUUUGGAUGAGUCAGCCAUGUCUGACCAGAUGAAAAUAUUAAAGAACAGUGUAUUGUCGCUGCAUGCACAUGUGGUCAGCAGACUGGACUUCAUGCAGAACUCUUUGGACCAGAUCUUGGACCUUUUGCAAAGUCCAGGAUUCAGGCCAGCAGCACAGUCGCCGUUGUCGUUAACGACGAUGCUAGGCCCCUUUCCGGUACAAGCUGGCACACAGCCAAGUGGUAUUAGGUCGGAAGAUGUGAAGGUGACUAGUAUAAGGUGCGAGGCUGCUUUCAAACGAUUGAAGCAUGCACUCAUGAAUCAUGAGAUUCUCAUGGUGCCCGAUCCUCAGAAGCCAUUCAUUGUAACCACUAACGCAAGCCAAUACGACAUUGGUGCAGUGCUGGCUCAACAGGAUGGGAAGAAGUUGAGACCGAUUGAGUAUAUGAGCAAAAAGAUGCCAUUUAAGAAACUGGCAAAGUCCACCUAUGAAAGGGAACUCUAUGCUCUUUACAAAGCACUUGUCCAUUGGAGACACUUCCUGUUGGGACGGUUUUUCUACUUGAGAAUUGACCAUCAGACCCUCAAAUGGAUCAAGACUCAACCGGCUCUCUCUGAUGCACUCAAGCGUUGGAUUGAGGUCAUAGAUCAGUAUGACUUCAAGCUAGAGUAUCUAAAGGGAGAGUACAACAAGGUUGCAGAUGCGCUGUCCCGUAGAGCAGACUACCUAGGGGUGCUAGUUUCUGAGUUUGGUGUAUCUGAGGAACUAACUCAAUCGCUGGUGGGAGCCUAUCAGGAAGACCCUGUCACGAUGGACAUCAUACGCAAACUUCAGGCAAAAGACAAGGCCACAGAAGAUGAGUUUGUGAUGGUGGACGGGCUUCUCUUUCUUGAUAAGGACGGAUUCAAAAGGGUAGUUGUUCCAUCUAGUGAACGUUUGCGUAGUUUAUUCUUAGGAGGAUGUCAUGACGCAACCGGACACUUUGGCUACAAAAAGAGGAGUGCCAAUCUAGUACAACGAUUUUGGUGGCCCGGAAUGCUAGAAGAUGCAAAGAAGAGAUCAAUGCUGCCCCCAACCAUGGAUGGUCAAGUGGACAUCGACGACAUUGUGGAUCACAGAGGUCUCCCUGUUCCAAAGCCACUGGGUAGAGGAAGACCUCCAAAACCCAAGCGGGAUUAUCGCGUCAGAUUCAGGCAUCAUACGGAUCCGAAGCAGGAUCAGUGGUUUACUAGAGAGGAACUGAUUGACAACGCUCCUCAAGUGGUGGCAGAUUAUGAGAGAAUGUUAAAAGGGAAGGCACCUGCGAAUCCAUCAGUGGGACAGGGGACUGUAUGCGUAUUGUUUGAUUGUUCUACCCCUGUUCCCACUCUUCCUACCUCCCCGUACUUUGUGACCAUCGGGACCUCUCAAGUACCGCAUCAGUUCACACUGAUGUCGAUGGAACAGGACACCGGGGCACUGCCACGAGGCAGUGCCAGGCUUGCAGUUCGUGCCCGACCUGUGGUACCUCCAAGACCCAAGCAGCGACUCAGCAAGCGGAAGACUCCAGCAGCAUCAAGAACAGAAAUGACAGUACUGGUUAACACCGGGGUUCUUCCCACAUGCACGAUCCAAGGGGCCGGUGAGCCGUUGGCAGCUUACCUUCAGCGGGUACAGGCCUUCACAGAUGCCGUAGCUACCGCAAAGGCACAGGAGGAGGCAGCGGAGGCGGAACAUCAGCGACUGGCCAAUGAGGCGGCAGCCCAAGCUCAGCACACUGCUGAGGCUGACGCAGCAGCACGAGACCAACGGAAUGCCAACAACACGGAGUCCCUGAUUCAAAGUGAGAAUCAGUGGACAAUGUUUCUCCAAGGCAUGAUCUUUGUGCCUUCGGACGCGCAGGCAGAUCCGACACCGGCGGAGGCAGAGAAGACUCAUCUUGCUAACUUGAUGCUGGGCAUGAUGAGAGGAAUUAUGUGGAAUAACACACUGCUGCAGGCACAUCUGCGCACGGAACAACAACAAAGACAUAAGUACCAGCAAGACAUUGCUGUUUUAACAACUGCCAUUCGCGUCGAAGCUUCACAGCAGCAGCAACAGCAUCAGCUGUUGAACUCCGCUCUCGCACGCAUCAACAACAUUGAGGCUAAUGCCUCAGUAGCGCCUGGCUGCACGACGGACGCGACGAAGCAGCUCAACGAGCGCAUCGAUCACGUCGUCACUAUCAUCGGCGAUAUAGGCGAUUUCAUUAGCCCGGCCACAAUCAGCAGCACGAUGGCCGCCAUCAAGACGGACAUCACCAAGCUGCAGACGAGACCGGACGUCGCUACGAAGCCUUACAAGAUGUCGCACUUCGACAUCAGCAAGUUCGACGACUACAACAAGUCGGACGCCUUGACAUGGUGGCAACGUUUCCUCACGGAAGCAUCAUGCCGCACUGUCCCGGCGGACGACAUGAUGAAGGCACUCUACUUACAACUGAUUGGAGGAGUGCAGGCAUGGAUGAACCAUCUGGCGGCUACCAAGAAAUGCACCAUCGCCGAACUCCACACGCACAUUCCGCGGAAGGAGUUCGAGAAGCUAUGGCUCACCCGGUUCAUGGUUCGCAACGUCGUGAAGGCAGCCAUGAACGAGGUGUGCACCUGCUCUCAAGGUAGUCUGCCAACUCGAGACUGGACAACUAAGUGGCAGAAGAUAGUGACCACGCCAGGCUUCGAUUUGACUAGGAAUGACGUCGAGGAGAUGGGCCUUGUAUUCUUGCAUGCCCUCCCCUCGACGGACGGACCAGCCGCGUCACCGCCGGACCCAUGCAUCACUCACCUCUUGGACGAGUAUAGAGACGUCUUCGAGGCUCCCACCGGAACGGUUCCGGAUCGGCCCAUACGUCACGGGAUCACUCUCGAGGUUGGCGUCGUCCCUCCGCGGGGAUGUAUCUACCGCAUGAGCGAAGAGGAACUCGARGUGCUUCGCGCACAACUCGAUGACCUUCUCGACAAGGGCUGGAUUCGCCCUAGUUGCUCGUCAUACGGUGCACCUCUUCUCUUUGUCCGGAAGAAGAACAAAGAUCUACGGUUAUGCAUCGACUAUCGCAAACUUAACGCACAAACCGGAAAGAACGCCGGCCCUCUCCCUCGGAUUGAUGAUCUCCUUGAGCGGUUAGCCGGCGCGACGUACUUCUCGAAGUUGGACUUGAAGUCAGGUUACCACCAGAUUGAAAUCCAGCCUCAAGAUCGGUACAAGACCGCGUUCAGGACGCGGGCCGUCGUUCAGGCGAGGGCCGAUGCGUUCGACAGCGCUGUUUUGAAUCGUUUGCGACUGGCCAAGUACAAAGCGAACCACGACAAGUGCGAGUUCGCCAAGCAAGAGCUUGAGUAUUUGGGCCACUAUGUUAUGCUGAAAGGCAUUCGUCCCUUAGCAGACAAGAUCCAAGCCAUCGUGGAUUGGCUGGAACCCCGUUAAGCUCUCGAGUUGACAAGGGCGACCAGCUCGACCAUGGUAGGUCGUCUAACGAAUGCUGCUGUUGCAAGGAUGCGUAUUGAGUUGCGCAACUGCACUGUGGCGAUUGAGACUGGGUGUAUGGCAGGGUCAUUUAUCCGCAUUGGAUUCACAUUGGACAGCCUUGUUAUGGAGGAGGGAAAUUUCCACCACGAUAAUGACAAGGGGCUAUUGCGAGCUGCAACUUCGGCUGUCAUUGCAGAUGAAGCUGUGGCUGUGUUAAAAUUGUGUCGUGUGAGUGGGUUUGGCAUGUGGAUGGAAUCACAAUGGGCCGCUAGGAGUGAACAGGACAUCAAGAGUAAGGAGCCAGCAGCGGAGAUUGCUGAUGCACAGGGUAGCCAAUCUGGGCAGAAAGCUGGAAAUGUGAGUGAUGGCAUUGCAGAACAACGAAGCUGUGGCAGCUACAAGAUGAGGAGACGAUGUUUGCUGAAGCAGGGGGAUCACAAGCUGCUGCUCAGGUAUUCCCCAGGUUCGGUCGAUUACAUUGAAAUGGAUAUGAACGAGAUGGAUUUCCAGAUGGACACGGAAGAUAUUGCAGAGUUGAUGAUUGUUAUGAACUCCGUGCGCGGUCAAGGUUUCUCUGACUUGCGUUCACGAAGGGAGAACAAGCGAGGGAAUGAACAUUCUGGAAAUGAAGUGAAUGACUUGUGUUCAGGAAGGGAGGAUGAGGGAGUGUAUGAGCGUUCCAAAAAUGAAGUGAAUAGACCUGAGGAAGAGACGGGAGAUGACGGUGCCCAUUCAGGUGUAGGAAACCUGGGAACUCAUGUUAAGGAUGACGAGAUCGAUAUGCGGCGCAGGGCAGAGGAACGAACUUUCAGAGGGAUUGAAGAAGAGUUGGCGGGCCCUGUGGGAGACAGAAUGGAAAGUGAAGAAAAGGAUCAGGGGGCGAAGACAAAGAUUCAUGACAGGAAAUGGGCUGUAGAUCUGUGGCACAAAGGGCUAAUGCGUGUGCUUGAGCAGAGCUCAAAAAAACAGCUGGCUCGCGCUGUGCUUGCUGGGAUUGCAAGGCGUAGAUAUGUAGCGCUUUAUGAGGAGUGGUUGAAGGAUCUUCGUAGAGAUCUAGCCGGGCGUGGAUGGGGUGACAAGGAGGGGAAGCAAAGCAAAGGAAGGGGGUUGUUGGCUGCAUUACGUGACAUGGAGAAAGGAAUGCCAGAGGAGGCUGUUGUUCUGGGCCGUCGAGUGGCAAGAAAGCGAUCGGUCGAGGACCUCAGUUUGCUCAAACUUGAAAGGGAAGGCCCAGGGGAACAGGUGUCAGAUGUCCCUAGGUCUGGCUGGUCAUUGGGUGCUGCAUGGCGUAUACUUGGCACAAUCAGGGGGCUCGCCUCCAAGCCAAUCAAGGCAGCAAAUGCAAAACGUAACAAGGGAGCUGAGCAGGGUCCGGUAGACAAGGAGGCCGAUGAUGAAAGCUUAAAACAGGGAGAGGGCAAUGACCCUGAGACACCUGGGAAGAUAGUCAAGGAUGGAAGUGGGAAUAUGAACAUCAUUCCCGUACUUCCUGGAACAGACCUGGUGUUUACAGUCUCCAUGCAGCGUGUGUCCAUAACAGUUGGACAAGCAUCAGCAGCAAACCGAAUGGUAGCAAGCACCUCUGAAGGGAAAGACCAAGGUAGAGAUGCAAAGCUAGGGGCGAAGUCAUCGGUGGUGGCACCAGGACUACCGGACGGAUUGGGAACAGGAUCCACUUUGCUAUCAACAGUACACGAGAUCAAAGCCCUGUGUCUUUGCUGUGAAGAUCUUUCUGCAUUUUAUGGAACGAGCCUUCAGGCGACUGGUGUGGAGUUCGUGUGUGGCAAUGUGCUAGCGGAUUGUGUCACGGCAAAAGUAGCGCAAGAACCGAUCAAUGAGGUUGCACACUCAAAGCAGCGAGGUAGUCUGGAAAUGACUGAAGAAGAGAGAUGGGCUAUGGUGGGCCAGUCAGCAAAGGAACGUUGGGUUUUGGAUAUGGACAAUGCAGUUCCAGUUGUGCGGUCUUCAUCUUCGAAGGUUGUUCCUGGCAUCAGGAGAGGGUCGGCUCCAGAUGCUGGUGUGAUGAAAGAAGGUUGGGUGUCCCAGGGUUUCAGGGAACGCAUGGGACUACCUCCUCGGAUGCAGGAGAUGAGAGCAAGUUCUGAUUCGGUGAGCUCAAGAGCUAGCAUGGGAAGUCCGAGGGGAAACAAUGAGAGGAGAGAGGGCUUGGCACUUGCCGUAGAGGUAAAGAGACCGUUUCUUAUGUUUGAGAUGGAGAGCAAGGUAGGUUGGCUGUCUAAGGAGCAAAGCGCCGGGAGUCUGUCAAACUGCAGAGUUGCAGUUGGUCAACUGGAAUGCUUUCUUAAUGGGGAUGUUAUUGGAUGCGGCGCUCUGAUGGCUGCGGAAGCAGGUGUAGCUGGUGGCAGCCAAAGUAGUGUUGAUCAUCACGAGGGAGUAUGCACUCCUGCCAAUCAGCGACAAAACAAAGAUGCUGCCCCUCUGCAAAAUGCAGCGCUUUCUGCGGCGGAGUUCUUGAAACAGACGGCGAUGGCCUUGACAGCUGCGGUGCGUGAUAACUUACACAAUUUGGUGCCGAACAUGCAGAUCAAUUUGGCAGCUUUUAUCUGUGGGCCAAGGCUAAUAUUGACAGACAUUGUGCCUACAGCACAAAGAGGGAAGCGAGGGGGUGCAGCGAGCAAAGGUGGAAAAGGUUGGGGACGCUGGCAGGAUCAGGCCUUGAUCGUUGACUUAGGUCAGGUUGAAGUUGGAGUGUGGCCCGUACUUCCAGGAAGAGGGGGGAAAGAGCUUGAAGCACUACAAAACGGUCACAAUGGGAAAGCUGAUUCCAUUUGGGGAUGGCGAUCAGUGUGGGCUAGAAGCAGAAACAUGAGGGAAGCAAAUGCUUGGUGGGAUCCAGCUGUGGAGGAGGAUGCCUGGAGAAAGCGACCAGUGGGAUCAUUGAUUUCAGCUGGAGGCAGAAGGAACAGCCUAAUGGAAGAGACGAGGGUGUGGAACAAUGUGAGGAUUGCUGUCACUGGGAUGUCAAUUGGCAUGGGCGAAAAGAAAGGAAUCUACACCCAAGUGUCCUCAUGGAUAUUAGCUCCGGCGAAGAUGGUUGCUCAUGCUUCUGCCUACAGUGCUGAUGAAGUGGCACUCGACCUUGAACAUAAUGUACACUCCCUCCAUGUACGCCUCAUGACCGUACUCUGAAUAACAUGACAAAGGCUUUUGAUGAUCAUGUUGAAGCUGUGAUGCUCUCAAUAUGGUGGUUUGAGGUCCUCAUUGGGGCAAAUAGACAGCUGAUUCGGGCCCAAACACCCUCUCUCUCUCAGAUUCUUCAACAUCAAUGCGCUACUCUUUGUGCUACAG